AUGGCUGCUGAGGGGCCACUCUUUUUUGCAGUAUCUGACGACGAAGAUGAGGCUAUGAACAUCCACGAGAAUCAGGCAGAGGCAGAAGCGCGCCCCCUAUCUCCUGCCGGCUUGUUCCUCGAGCUCAGCGACGAGGACGAGACUCCCUCCGAGGCUGCGCUUGCCCACGAUGAUUCGAACCUUAUCCAUGAUCAGGCGGAAGAUAUGGACGCUUCUGGGGAUGUUGAUAUCCCACCAGUCACUUCUGACCAACCAAGAUCCUCGAGCGUGACUAGCAUAUCCUCUUCGUCGAGUCCAGCCACUUCUCCUCCUUCUGUCACUAACAUCGACAAGCCGAGCCCAAGUAAAAAGCGAAGGUUAUCAACGGCCGCCCCCGCGGCAGCUAAUGCUGUCUUUGAGUCCGCUUAUUUGGGCUCAUUCUUGGUUGGCAAUGCUUGGAGCACUGCGAGAGGGAAGGGAUAUGUGAAGCCUGGAGAUGAGAUUUGCGUCGAAAGAGACGUGCCCAAUGAGACGGACAGAAAGCUAACCAAACUUGCAGCGGUAAAGCCCGGCGCCAAGGCAAAAGCUAUGGGUGCGAAAGGCAAGCAGAAACAGCUGUCCAUUGCGACGCUAGUCAAGACCCAGCCGCCUAAAGCGAAAAAGAAAGACAAUGGAUCAGUUGUACGACUGACCAACAAGCGUGGCUUUGAGUUUGGCCGUCUUCCCCAAGAUGUCGCAUCUUGGGUCUCUACACUUCUGGACAUGAGCAUCGUGGACUUCCGCGGUAGCACCAUGAUAGACUGUCCAACCAGUCUUCAUUCCGGCGCAGAUCUUAUUGUGUCAUUAUCUGUCUACCUUCGUGCUUCAGCUUUCCGAAAAGCAUCUGCGUCCUCGGAGGAAAGUCUCAAGGUCAUGUUUAAUGAAGGACAAGAGUCACAGGACGAACAGGCAUUACGACAGCGCAAGACUGCAAUACUACGUCUUUUUGAUGCUGUAGGGCUGAGGCCCAGGAGAGGCAACCCUCUGCGCCGGAACGGCAAGACUGCCGAAACCAGUUUAAGCGACUCGGAGUUGAAGCAGAUGUCCCAACACCCCAAGGGAUCCAAGCCCGAGAAACUAGCAAAGCCAGAAAUAGUCGGCGAUGGCGAGGAAGUAGAAGUAGAGGGCGAAGGUGAAGACUUGUCGGAAGACCAGCUAACCAUGAUAUACAAUAGGGCACAAAAGAAUGACCAGACGAUGCAGCGGAUGGAUCCCGUGGACACAUUCACUCUGAGCCUCAGAGGGUACCAAAAGCAGGCUCUCAAGUGGAUGCAUUCUUUGGAGACGGGUUCGAGCGAUGCACGAGAGCUAACUUCACUUCAUCCGCUGUGGAACGAAUACAUAUUCCCGGAUACGCCGGAGGAAGGGGGCAUAAUCGAUUUGACCGCAGACGACCAACCCUUCUAUUUCAACCCAUAUUCGGGUGAGCUCAGCCUGCAAUUCCCUACUGCAGUUAGGAAAUGUAGGGGUGGCAUUCUUGCUGACGUGGGGAUGGGCAAGACAAUCAUGCUUUCGGCGUUGAUUCAUACGAAUCGUGAGCCAGAGGAAUCAAACGAGAACCAAGAUCAUCCAGCAAAGAGGCGACAACUGAAGCUCAACAGUGCUUUCCGACCCGCAGAGAAAGAUCGACCUAUGAAGACUACUGUUAAGAGCACAUUGAUCGUGGCACCUACGUCUUUGUUGACCCAGUGGUCUGAUGAGCUCAUGCGAUCGAGCAAGCCUGGGACUCUGAAGGUUAUCGUCUGGCACGGCUCCAACCGGUCGGAUCUCGAAGCUGCCUUAGACAGCGAAGACAACGCCGACGUUGUUAUCACUUCGUACGGAGUGCUCACGUCGGAGCAUGCGAAGUCUGAUAAAUCUUCGAAGCAGUCUCCAGUAUUUCAAACUGAGUGGUUGCGAGUAAUCCUGGAUGAAGCCCAUCACUGCAAGUCGCGUCUAAGUAAAACAGCGCGUGCCGUCUAUGCUCUCAAGGCCCGCCGCCGUUGGGCGGUUACGGGCACACCCAUAGUAAACCGGCUUGAAGACCUAUUUUCUCUUUUGAAAUUUCUUGAUUUCACACCAUGGUCCGACUAUUCAUUCUUCCGCUCGUUCAUUACACUCCCAUUCCUUGCACGGGAUCCCAAGGCAAUCGAAAUUGUGCAAGUAAUUAUGGAAAGCAUACUGUUGCGCAGGGAAAAGACCAUGGUAGAUACGGAUGGCAAACGUAUCGUAGAUCUUCCUCCAAAAGAGGUAACCGUAGACAAAUUGGUAUUCACAACCGCCGAGAGGAAAAUCUACGACUCAAUCUACAGCUCGGCGAAAAGAAAUUUCGAAGACUUGAAUGCUCGAGGUUUGUUGAGCAAGAACUACACGCACAUCCUUGCGAUGCUUAUGAGACUACGUCGUGCAGUCCUACAUCCGAGUCUUGUACAUUCCACUGAAAACGACAAUCCAGUAGGAGAUGAAGAAGUAGACAUCAAUGCCAUGAUCAAGGAAUUUUCGGAGGGUGUCGAAAAUGGCAAUGACACAUUCGCUGAGACAGUUCUCAAUAAUCUAGAACAGGAUGAUCAGGUGGAAUGUCCGCUCUGCUUAGAUGUCAUGGACACCCCCGUGAUACUCCCGGGAUGUUUACACCAAUGCUGUAAGGACUGCAUCGUGGCUUACAUUGCGGCUUGCGAGGAGAAGAGUAAGGAAGUAGUGUGUCCGACCUGCUCGCAAGGUCCAAUCAAGGCUUCUGACCUCUUAGAAGUCGUGCGUAGGAAGAAGGAAGAUGGAGGCACAGACGGUGGAGAUGGAUCCACGCCCAAUGCGGUGACGCUAAGGAAGAACAGCUUCCGUUCCUCUACGAAACUGGAAGCUCUGCUGCGAAACCUGAAACGAUUGCGAGAUCAGGACCCCUGCUUCCGAGCUGUCGUGUUUUCGCAGUUCACGAGUUUCCUCGAUCUCAUUGGCAAGGCAUUGCAGAGAGAAAAAUUCACCUGGUACAGAUUCGACGGCUCUAUGAACGUCAAAAAGAGGAACGAAGCUGUUGCAGAAUUCAAGGCUGCUUCGAGGAGUCCCAAGGUUCUGAUAGUGUCUUUGAAGGCUGGUGGAGUGGGCUUGAACCUGACAAACGCCAACCACGUCUUUAUGAUGGACUGUUGGUGGAACGCCGCCACGGAAAGUCAAGCCGUGGAUCGAGUGCACAGAAUAGGGCAAGACAAGACAGUUUAUGUGACCCAUUUCAUCGUCGAUAACACCAUUGAGGGUCGUAUCUUGCAAAUACAGAAACGGAAAACGGCGCUCGUCAAAGAGGCCUUUCGUGGUACGGGGGACAAGGAUCCUGACAGUUUAGAAAACCUCAAGAUCAUGUUCGCCGACGAGUAAAUGUGCUAAUACUGAUUGUUCACUAUCAUUACUUUUAAUACAUAGUACAGUGAUUCACC